AUGCCGUAUUGUUUGGCGAUUUACCCACAUUAUACAGUCCAGGUCGCAGCUUCACGGCGAAAACGACCCAUGAUCCUCUGCCUGGAAACACGGGUCGCGUACGAAGCUUGGUAUGUUCUGUUGCGAGCUCUCACUGUGCCUGAGCUGUACGGACCAGAACAGAAUGCGAUUGGAUUACAACCUGGACAGGAUACCAACGGAAUGUUCCGCAUCGAGCAACAGUUGCUGGUCAAAAUCACAGAGGCAAAGUUUGCGCACGUCUUAACCGAAGCCGACAGCCUUGAGCGAGCGAAGCUGAAGCGCAAGUCAGCCAGACCACCGCGAAGCACGACCGAUGUCUACAUUGACGUUGUGUGCGGCCAAGAUCUGAGAGGACGCACAGCGAUCAAGCCAUGUACCAACAACGUUAUGUGGGCGACAAACUUUAUCUUCAAGGAUCUGCCUUCGAUGCUGAACCGCAUAGCAAUCAUUGCACGCAUCGGAAACCCAGGUGAACAAGAAUGGACGAUGAUUGCGCAUGGGCCGUAUCGAAAUCUCCAGCACGAUUCUGUCCUUGGCAAGGUGAAUGUGACCAUGGAGGAACUUGAAGACGUCGAGAGUGUUGAGAAGUGGUGGCCAAUCAUCGAUAAUAGCAACAAAGUCGUCGGGCAAAUGCUAAUGCGGCUGAGUCUGCAGGAGACGGUAGUGCUGAUGCAGGACGAGUACAAGGAAUUGUCCGCGCUACUGCAUAACUUCGACAACAGUCUGACUACGCAGAUUGCGCAAUUACUUGGACCGGAGCUGCGUCAGCUGUCCGACGUGUUACUCGACAUCUUCCAGUCCACUGACCACGUGCAUGACUGGCUGAGCAAUUUGAUCGAGGAAGAAAUCGACGGCAUUCACCGGGAGACACCUCCUCUGCGCAUGCGUUUCAGCGGUCGUUUGCAGUCGACCGACUCAUACGAGAACGCAGAGCAGCGAGAGCUCCUCGUUCGGGAUCUGAACAGAUCUGCAAACCAGGAAGCAAAUCUACUUUUCCGCGGCAAUUCACUAGUCACCAAAGCACUAGACUCUCACAUGCGCAGGCUCGGCAGCGAAUAUCUGGAAAAUGUGCUCGGUUCAAGACUUCGCAAGAUAGCUGAAAAGGAUCCCGACUGCGAAGUUGAUCCCAUGAGAGUGCGAUCCGCAGAACAAGGCGAGCGAAACUGGAGCACUCUCCUCAACUUGACCAGCUCCAUCUGGAAAGCAAUCUCAGAUUCAGCUGAACUAUGUCCCUAUGGUCUCAGGGCGCUGUUCAGGCACAUCCGGUCUUGCGCGGAAGAUCGCUAUGGCUCCUUCAUUCGUACGGUGAGGUAUACCAGUGUUUCCGGAUUUCUCUUCCUGAGGUUCUUCUGUCCGGCCAUUUUGAACCCACAGCUCUUUGGCUUGACUACAGAUCUUCCUCCGGACCGCACGAAACGAACACUCACCCUCAUAGCCAAAUCUCUCAACGCCCUCGCCAACAUGGCGAAGUUUGGCACUAAGGAGACAUGGAUGGAGCCGAUGAACAAAUUCUUGACAUCAGCUACACCAGACUUCAGAAAUUUUAUCGACAAGAUCUGCGAUGUCAGCACAUCGCAAGCAUCUGUGACGAUGGAGCCUCAGUAUGCUACGCCCAUGCAGAUCAAAAAUCGCUUGGCCCCUGCGGCCCGAGAAGGUCUACCGACACUUCCCUUCCUGCUUGAUCCCAGCAAGCUUCUAUCGGAUCUGACUGAGCUCUGGAUGUCACAUGCGCCCGCAAAUUUGGCAGACGAGCCAGAUCUAGACCCCACAGUGAAAGACUUCCACACUCUCUGCACUAACCUACGGACCAAAACCAAGGACUGCCUUUCUAGUGCUGAACAGGCAGAGAAGCCCAACGGCAAGCUUGAGCCUAAGUGGCAGCAAGUGCUGAAAGAACAGCAGCAGAAAUUGCAGCCCGUGUACGCCAGCCAGUACACCGCUGCACCUGUUCAAGAUCCAGAGCUCACUGCCCUGCCUCAACCUGUUGACGAACCUUCCGGCACUUUUGUUGAGCCAGAGGCACAUCAUGGACCGCCGCCGUGGGACCGUCGUCCAUCAGCAUUUGCUCACGCGAACCUCAAGACUAUGACUGAUUCAACCAACUCGUCAAGUGCAUCAGUUGAUAUAAUGGACGAGACCAGGACCCGUGCGACGAGUAGUCGCGAUGGGUCGACUAAGAAUCGACUUUUCGAUUUCGGAAGGAGGAAAGGCAGAGUCGGUGACAGAGCUUACGCCCAUGACGAAGGAAAUGACCAUUGA